AUGUCUAUAAACGGAGACACCAAUAGUCUUGUUGGAUUUGAUGGAGCAGAGCAUCGGGUAAGUUCUAUUCCAUUUUCUGCUCUUUUUCUGCUGCGUACUGGACUAAAUUCUAAUAGACGGCCUAUGUAUUUACUCCUACUUCUGCACCCUCAGAGGACCUACAUCAGCGCCCUAAGAAGCGUAGGAAAGUAGGAAAGACGCCAAAAAAAGUCUUACAACUUGAUGAAGAUACAGAUUCUUUCACAUUAGCACCACUGCUGAACGAGAAGGAGUCUCCCGAACUUUCUAGUCUACGUUUAAGCCUGUUCAAUAAGUAUUGGAUAGAGACUGAAACAAAAAUCAAGGUAUUAAUUACAAUUUAUAAAACACCGACAUCAUAAACAUCUAAUAUUGUAAUAGUUAAUUCUGAAUGAAGCAAAUGAGGACACUUUAGUAGAGGUCACAUCUUUUGUAAAGAAUGAGAAGUAUGUAUAAUUCAGUACAAUUAACCUUAGCUACAUGGAGUCUGAUAGAUAUUCAAAGGAGCACAGACAAAGUCCCAGCCGGAUUUAUUGUGACUGGACCAAAUAUUGCAUCUCAAGGCUUGCUCUUCGAACAACUUUCAACAAGACUUUCCAAUGAAGUCAAUGGCCCCGUCGUCACCCUCAGAUCUGGUGAAUCAUCAAAUUUGAAGGCACUACUUAAAAAGCUUAUCAGAGAUGUUACCAGUCAAAAGUCAAGUGACGAAGACGAGAGUGAUAAUUUCCUCAAGCAAGAUGUGAGACUAAGUUUGCUACAACUCCGUUCAAUCGAUUUUUGCUGACCGUUCAGGGCCGCAAAUUUUUAAACUACGAUUUAGAGACGGUUCAUGGUUAUGUUAAUGCCCACGGGUUUGGUAGAGUGGUGGUAUCGUUCCAGGAUAGUGAAGCCUUUGACUCUGCUUUACUUGGAGACGUAAUAACCUUAUUUGGGUAAGCCAAUACAUUUAUACUCUUCCCUGAUCAUCCUUAACACUUUGGGCCCUCAGCUCCUGGCUAGACCGCAUCCCAUUCGUUCUAUUAUUUGGAAUUGCUACAUCCGUCGACUUGUUCCAAGAACGACUUUCUCGUGUCGCUACUCGAUCUUUGCAUGGAGCACAAUUCGAUGUGGAACAAACAAGCUCCAUCCUUGAAACCAUAUUUCUGAAGGUCAUCGCUGCCUCGGAUGCCCCAAUAAGGCUGGGACCAGGCAUUUUAUCGAGUCUCAUGGAACGGCAAAAUGAUCACGUGCAGAGUGUACAAGCAUUCGUCGGAGCAUUAAAGGUAAUCUUUCUUCUUAAUUUAUGUACAAGUCAGCCCUGACUUUGUUAGUAUGCAUAUAUGUGUCAUUUUUAUGCCAACCCUUUGAGUAUAUUUCUAAGCCUCAAGGACAACUCUAAUUUAGCUGCGCUUUUGCAAGCAGAGCAUUUUGAAGCUAUCAGGUUGCUACCAUCAUUCCAAAAUUAUAUUGAACAUCUUGUAGAGAAAGGUAAUUUAGAGCGUUCCGUGAGUCUGAUUACAGAUGAUGAACGCCUUCUCCAAGAGGCCCAAACUUUAAUCCAAGGCAAAGAUCAUGCUGUGCAAAAAGUUCUCCGACUCAUGCAUGUUCUAGUCACCUUAGCAGCCGAAGGACCAGGAAAAAUCAAUCUUUAUAUGAAAGCAUCGGCUGGUUCUUUGAAGAGCUCGAACAAUUUACGAUCAAUCGUAGAUUCGAUCAAACGUGCCAAUCUCAAUGAUUUUCUAGGAUUUGUAACUUCGCUCAAAGACGCCAUAGAAAAUGGAAGCACCGAGCUCAACCUUGAACAAUGGUCGGAUAUGGAACCAGAAUUCUAUGCAGAAAUUGUGGGUAUCUGGGAAGAUGCUUCAUCACUCGCAGACUCAGAGGCAGGAAAAUCUAUCCGCGGCAGUUACAACAAAUCACUACGUACCACAGUUAUUUCUCACAACGUCAAAAUCAACCACGAAAGAUCAGCACUUGCGAAGCAAGACAAAGAAUACACGGCUCUUGUUGACAGGUUAAUUCAGACUGUACAAAAGUUUGUGGAUGUGGACAAACUGCAGGAUCAAUUUAUGUCGGAGAUUUGGCUCUACGAUCUAAAAUGCCCCUAUCAAGAUGCAUUUACACCCAAACCCCGCUUCGCGAUCGAGCGCGCCCUCUCCUCGCCUCAUGAGUAUCUUUCUUGUGCAUGUUGCGAUCCUACGAAAGAAGGAGCGAUGAUGUCUCAUCCACCCACCGCAAUUUUAUAUAAACUUUUUCUAGAAGCAGGAAAUUUGAUCAAUAUUUUCGAUCUUUGGACGGCUUUUGUUGCUAAUUUGGGACCGGAAUAUGACGAAGGAGAUGAUAGUGAGAGACAGGCUUUGAUGUUAUUUUAUAGAGGACUUGCGGAUUUGAAAUUGUUGGGUAUGAUCAAGCAGAGUAGAAAGAAAACAGAUCACUUGACGAAAUUGGCAUGGAAAGGAUUGUAAUAUUUGGGGGCAAAUAGACGUCAGGACAAGAGAAAGAAUAGAUGAUGCAUGUAAAAUAUAGUUAUGUUAGUCCUCAAAUGCGAACGCUCAAAGC